CGCCCGCGCACGACCAUGCGCCCGAGGGGCCUCUGGCCGUGGCGCCUGCUGCUGCCGCCGACGCCCGGAUCCCGAGGCCGAGCACGUCCGAGGCCGCGGCCGCCCCAGGUUUUGUGUGUGAAGCACUAUGGAAACCUGAAGGACUACCAGUCACAACUUUAUAGUACAGUGGCGCCACCUGAUGAAGUAACGAUUAAUUAUCGACAUGGCCUUCCUUUGAUAACACUUACUUUGCCAUCCAGAAAAGAGCGCUGUCAGUUUAUCAUCAAACCAGUUCUGUCAACAGUGGGGUCAUUCCUUCAGGACAUCCGGAGUGAAGACAAAGGUGUCACAGCUGCAGCCAUCCUGGCGGCAGAUGGCAGUGAGAUUCCAGCUUCCACCUUGAUGGGGAUUUUGCUAAUGAAAGAUUUUAAACUUGUCAUUAAUAAAAUAGCAUAUGAUGUGCAGUGCCCCAAGAAAGAACAUCUAAAUAAUGAACACACCACUGAGAUGGAAAAUGUGAAAUCCUUGGUUCACAGGCUGUUCACAGUUUUGCACUUAGGAGAAUUUCAGAAAAAGAAAGAACACCAUUUACUGGAGAAAAUCGACCACCUGAAGAAACAGCUGCAGCCCCUUGAACAGGUGAAAGCUAGAAUUGAAGCUCGUUCAGAAGCCAAAACCAGUGGGCUCUUGUGGGCUGGAUUAGCACUGCUGUCUGUUCAGGGCGGGGCCUUGGCCUGGCUCACUUGGUGGGUGUACUCCUGGGAUAUCAUGGAGCCAGUCACAUACUUCAUCACAUUCGCAAAUUCCAUGGUCUUUUUUGCCUACUUUAUAGUCACGCGGCAGAAUUACACUUACUCAGCUGUUAGGAGUAGGCAGUUUCUUCAGUUCUUCCAUAAGAAAUCACAGCAGCAACAUUUUGACGUCGAGCAGUACAACAAGUUAAAGGAGGAUCUUGCCAAGGCUACAGAAUCCCUGAAACAAGUGCGCCAUUCUCUCAAUUGGAGAAUGAAAGUAGAGGAACUCAGUGAGAAGAAUUAAUCUUAACAUUUUUAAACCUCAUUGGAUUUUUCCAGGUGUGGAUUGUAUACCUUACAAAUGACAUUUGAGUCUCAUAGUUCAUUUCAGUCUGUUUCAGUUUUUAGUUAAUAAAUUCU